AUGCCUGCUGCCGAUUUACACGAGGACUUCAAACGACUCCUGAAGACCACUCCAGUCAUUGACACACACAAUGACUUGCCUUAUCAGUUGAGAUGGCAGCUUCAUUAUGAGAUUAACGAGGACAAGUUUAAGUUUGACGAGCCACUGGGUUCGCAGACGGAUCUUCAACGACUGAAACAAGGUGGUGUUGGUGUUCAGUUCUUCAGUUGCUGGAUGGAAUGUCAGAAUCCAGAUGAGCUAUACAGCGAGUUUGAAGUUCCCAGUAGUAUUGUGAGAGACACUCUUGAACAAGUUGACAUUAUCAAGAGAUUGGUGGAUAAGUACUCAAAGAGUAUGAAAUUUGUCACUUCUGCGGACGACGCGUUGAGAAACUACAUCGAAUCAGAUAAUAACAAGAUUUCUGUCACUAUGGGAGUUGAGGGCUUACACCAAGUUGAUACUUCUCUGGCCGUUGUGAGACAGUACUUUGAUCUUGGUGUCCGGUACAUUACACUGACUCACAACUGCGACAAUCCUUUUGCUACGGCAUGCACUACCAUUAUUGCCGGUAAGGAGGAUAAGGGACUGACAGAGCUGGGCCACCAAUGCAUCAAGGAGUUCAACAGAAUUGGAAUGAUGGUGGAUCUGAGUCAUGUUUCGUACAAAACCAUGGUUGAUGUGCUGAAGAUCGCCAAAGCUCCGGUCAUUUUUUCACACAGCUCGGCGUACACCAUCACUAACCACGAGAGAAAUGUUAGGGACGAUGUGUUGCAGAUGGUCAAGAAGAACGGGGGUGUUGUUUGUGUCAACUUUGUUCCUUCCUUCAUCGCAAGGGAAGGCGUUGAAGAAGCCACCAUUGAUGAUUGUGUUGAGCAUGUUUUGCACAUUGUCAAUCUGAUUGGAUGGGAUCACAUUGGGAUUGGUUCCGAUUUUGAUGGAAUGGGCUCGACAGGUCCAAAAGGACUCGAAGACGUCUCCAAGUACCCGGAUUUGGUUGUCAAGGUGUGGGAAAAGUCUGGUGCUUCGGAAGACGAUAUCAAGAAAUUUAUGGGCUUGAACAUGCUGAGAGCAUGGAAGGAAUGCGAGCUUGUUUCCGAAGCAAUGAAGAACGAGCUUCCUGUGGAGGCCAACUGGUCUGGCAGACAGUGGAGAUUCCCAGACUACAUUACGCUGUGUCCAGAACUGUUCCCUGGAGCUGGAACAUCCAAGUCCACACCAGAAAUGUUCUACAAGGUCAAGAGACUGAACUUCAAAGACGUGGAAGGCGAGUAUGAUCUUAAAUAA